AUGUUGAUUAUUGAAGAUGUCAUAGGCGAUUUUGACAUUGACACAAGAGGUUUUCACGGUCGGACACCGCUCCUGGAGAGAGCUAGAGGAGGCCACAUUCCUGUAGUUGACUUCCUUGUGGCCCGAGACGCUGCCGUCAAAAUAUUGGACGAUAUUGGGAAUAGCCUGCUACACGUUGCUUGUGUAGGUGGGCACCUUGGUAUGGUGAAACAUGUGUGUCCAUGGUUUAAUAUUGAUGACAGAGACACACUAGGGUGGGCUCCUGCAAUGGUAGCAUCUAUAUUUGGAAAGUCUGCAGUGUUUGACUACCUGAGACUACAAGGUGCAGAUCUGACACUGGUUGAUGAGACUGGAGGUGAUUUGUUCACUCUUGUCCUUCAGGGACGAUGUAGACAAAUCAUAGAACGAUUAUCACCUGAUGGACAAUAUGUGAAGAAGCAGAAUCCCUGGACUACACUGAUGAGAUCGGUAGUGACUGGAUCUUUUGAAAAGUUGAAAGUUUGCCAUGACAACAGUCCUGAGCUUGUUCAGACAGACCAGUUUGGAGACAGUCUGCUUCAUCUGGCUUGUCGUGGAGGCAACAAACAAUGUAUGGGGUAUUUGCUCCCGUCCUAUGACAUCAAUGUCCGAGGUCGGUAUAACUUGACACCGGUGAUGAUGGCGGCUGAGUGUGGACAUGAGGAUGUCUUCCAGGUACUGGUGGACCACAAGGCAGAUCUUGCCUUGCUCUCAGACACAAGAGAAUGCAUCCUUACUCUCGCUCAGAGAGGGCAAAGCAAUGACAUUGUGGAAUGCUUGAGGAAUGUGUCAGGAAAUUGUUGA